AUGGCGGACCGAGAGCUCUACAAUGUGAGCUUGGUUGCGAAAAGCUUGGACGCAAUGUUCCUGGUGCUGGAGCAGCAUGUUAAUGCACUAGCAGAGUCUGGUGAGAAUGAGUCGACGACGCGUCUCCGCAAUACUGCGAAUGAUGCACGCCGAUCUGUUGCCAGCAUUUUAGCAGACACACAGCAGCUACAAGCGAGCGCACCUGGGACAAUGACACUAGACAGCGGCAACGUCUCUGCGGGAACGAGCAAGCGUUCCAUGCCAAUGGCGGAAGUUGCAGGUGCCAUCCCAGCUGACCGGCCAUCCGGGUCAGCGUCGAGUACCCGUGGUGGAAGCGAAGAAACCGAUGGCACGCAAAGCUCAAAGCUUCAGCGGGCGAAAUCCGGGGUGUCGGAAACGGAUGGAGCAGUCACGUCGCCCUCCGCCUCAUCGAACGCCUUAGAGUUCAGCCAGUGGCCGGUCUCGGAAGACAUUGAUUCGCUAAGCUGGGUGUCACAAUUUGUCAUUUAUCCGGGCUGGACCAGCAAGCUGGUCUGGGAUUUGGCGGUGAUGGUCGUUGUCCUUUUGGACACCUUCGUUCUCCCCUUUCAGCUGUCCUUCAAGAGAGACGUCGGGGAAGAUGCCUUCGAUGGGGCGUGGUUUUGGAUAACUACGGUAUGUUUUUCUGCAGAUAUCCUGGUUACCUUCAACACGGGCUUGACCCAUGGCAGCGAUGACAAAGAGGUUAUUAUUGACCACGCCCUCAUUGCUAGAGCCUAUCUUCGUGGGUGGUUUAGCUUGGACUUCCUGAGUACCUUCCCUUGGAGCCGCAUGGUGGACGCUUUAGUGGGUUCAGAAGGCGGUGCUUUGCUACAUGUGGCGAAGCUGGCAAAGAUGCUGAAGUUUCUCCGCAUUAUCCGCUUGAUGAAAAUGCUCCGCGCAAAGAAGAUCAAAGACAUUUGGGAACGCUUGGAAAUCAGAAUUGGGUCGGUAACUGUCAUUCAAGCAAUGUAUCUCAUUCGGGUCCUCUUGGUCAUCGUGGCCAUUUGUCACUGGAAUGCCUGUAUUUUUUGGAUGAUAGGCCGACCAGAUAGCAUCAUCACCGACUUUUUGCCUGACGACACUAGAAUGGCUUUUGAAGCCCUCCCGCACUGGACCACGGUCAGCCGAACUUAUGGCCUUGGCCAGGCAUCCUGGACCUAUGCAGAGUUACCUAUGGCAGAAACAUACAUUUUUUGCUUCUAUUGGACUUUGGGCGUGAUGCGCACGAUGCCGGCAGAAGUCACGCCAGUGAAUCUGGCUGAGCGUACCUUCGUGCUUUGCUUCAUGUUCUUCGCGCUGUCGGCCUUUGCUGUCUCGGUCGCAUCUUUGACACAGGCAUACUUUAAGAUCAGUGAGCGAAAUCGCGGCUUCAAUGACGAAAUGUUUGCGCUGCGCAUGCAUAUGCACAAGCUGAAGCUGGAAGACUCGGCUCAGCGCAAAAUUAAGGAUUACGUCUCGCAUCUUUUCCACCGUCGCCGAAUCAUGGCGAAGGAGGCAAAUUUCCUGUCGAAGCUUCCAGAGCCUUUGCACAUGGAGGUCAGAUAUGCAGAGGCUUUGCAAUACGUGCAGAAGCUCGGCAUUCUGUCAGACUUCAAGAAGGAGACUAUCAGGCAAAUAUGCUUGCAGGCCGCAUCAUCCGAUCUGCUCGCUGACCAGAAGCUUUGUGUGGCCGGGGAGGAGGCUCUCUCAGCUUGGAUUCUAUGCUCUGGCCAUCUAUUUGCAAGAGAUGUCAAGUCGCGCCCGCGGGAGCUAUCGGGAGAUCCGAUCAUCAUCGAUGAGGCCUGCUUGGAAACGGAGGAGCCUGUUCUGUCACACCUUACCGUGGUCACAGCUAGCACGUGCUCUGUCAUCCGCAUCGACAAGCUCGUUUUUGCAAGCAUUGCGGGAAUGUCACUUUCCAAGAAGCGUCGUGAAAAGCUGGUGUCCCUCACAGAGGCAGAGGGUCCUGAUCAGAUCGAGCCGCGGCUGAAAGUUGGCAGUUUCACUGCAAUGUCUCCAGUGCUUGCGGAAGCCCUCGAACUAGUCAAUGUGAUGAGAUGGACUUGGAUCAGUCGACAAGGCUUCGGCGGUCACGUGGGGGCAGCAGAGGUGCUCCUGAAUGCCAAAGCCGAUCCCAACGCACAAGCGGAGGAUGGCAGCACUCCUUUGCAUGGAGCUGCAGAACGAGGUCAUGCUCAAGUGGCUGAGCUGCUGCUGACCCAUGGCGUGAAUUAUCAGUCUGCAGCUGCCGGCGGGCGUACGCCGCUGCACGUGGCGGCUGAGCGAGGGUUUGCCGAGGUUGUCGAGGCGUUGUUGGCGAACGGCUCUGACCCAGAAGAGCGGACAGAGGAAGCUCGGACAGCUCUGAUUUGCGCUGCGGCUCGCGGACAUGUGGCAGCAGUAGCCAAGCUGUUGGAUUAUCAGGCAGACGUGCAGGCCUUGGACAAGAUGAGCCAGACAGCCCUGCAUGCUGCCGCAGUGGGAGGGAAAGCUGAGUGCAUCAUCCUGCUGCACAAGAAGCGCGCACGCUUGGAGCAGAAGGAUGGCUCUGGAAGAACCCCCAUGCAGCUGGCGCUGGAUGCAAAGCAGGAGGGCGGCAUUCGUGCACUGCUGAAGCUUCGUGCAGUCAUGCCGGAAGAUGUGGCCCAACGACCUGACAUGCAGCCCUUGAUUCGAGAAGUUGAACGAGAGGUGUUGUUGGAGCAGCUGCGGGAAGCAGAGGAACUUUGCGGAAAGCAGCAGUUGAAGGAUGCAGAGCAGGCCUUCGAGGAUGCCCGGCAACACCUGCUUCAUCUGAUACAGCUGAGUGAAACUGCGCGGGUGACGCCAGUCAUCCAAGACGCUGAAAUCAGGCUUGGUGACUUGGAGGAGCAAGCUCGGGUGUGCCGGCUGGAAGCCAGUCGGACUCAGGCCAAGAUCAAAGAGAUGGAGGCUGAGCUGGCCCGCCUUGCGACUGAACAGAAGGAACAGAGCAAAGACUUGGCGCUGCUGAGAAGAGACCUUGACACCCUCCGGGACCAAAAGACAAAGCGGAUGGAGGAGCUGCAGCGCCUCAAGCAGCUUAUUCAGCAGAUGAUAAAAGAGGGUGCUGAUGUGACCGUGAGGUAUCGCCCGUUCAUCAUUGAUCCCAACACCAACCAGACGGGCGAAGACAAGCAGGACUAUUGCAGGCGCCGCGGUUGGGGCGGUGGCUGGAAGCCGGGUGACUUGAAGCAGUGGAAGUGGUGGCCCAACACGGAGAAUGCACAUCGCCUCACUUUCUACCUGGACGAGAUCCAUUCAAAGAUGCCAGAGUUGAGUUCAAAAGAGAGAGAUGAAAGGUGUCAUGCGUUGAUCCGAAAGUUUUACGAGCUCACCUACGACCGGGACUGCAACAUCUCCACCCCGGAGGGCGCAGCACAGGCGAUCGAAGAGCUGGGCUAUGGAAGCGCUGCCGAUGCGGCGACCUGGCUCAAGCAGGGUGGAGGCAUUCGUGAAGUUAACGAAUCCCUCCGCAGAGCUCGACAAGACCAGAUCGGUUCGGUGCCUCACUAUAGUGUGAAAUGUGGGGACCGCGAGGCGCCUGGUUUUGGCGGUGCUCAAAGUAGCAGGACCUUCUACCAACUAUUCCAGGAGCUGCUGAGAUAG